AUGAAGCAAGAAAUCAAUAAUUUUAUGCAGACAGAUACUGAAUCUGUAUACCAGGCAUGGGAAAGAUUAGCAGCAAUGUUAAAAAAAUGCCCACAUUAUGGUAUUCAAAACCCUGACAUUUUAUAUAUUUUCUAUCACGGUCUUAAACCCUCUGCUAGAAAUGUAAUUGAUGCAGCAUCAGGAGGAUCAAUAAUGGAAAAAACUACUGCAGAAGCAAUGCAAUUGCUUAAUGAGAUUUCGAAAAAUGCUGUUCAAUGGCCCUCAGACAGAAUAAUUAUCAAGAAAACAACAGGAGUAAAUCAAGUUGAAGCUUUGAAUUCAUUGACACAAAAAAUUGCAAACUUAACACAAAAAGUUGAGGCCUUUUAUGUAGGUGCUCACUCUUCAUCCCAACUUGAGAAUUGUGAUGUUUGUCAAGGUAAUCAUCCUAAUCAUGAAUGUCAAGAUUCAACACAAAAUGAGGAACAUGUACAGGGACCACCUGAUUUUCAAAAUCAAAAUAGAGGGCAACAAAAUUUUCAACAAUAUCAGCAGCAGCCUCAAAGAGCUCAUCAACAAAGCAUUGAAGACCUGAUGUACAAAUUCAUUAAGGUUACUGACGAGAAGGUUGAAAAUCAACAUUCAGCUAUCAAGAAUUUCGAAAUUCAGGUAAGCCAAUUAGCAACCCUCACAUCUGGACAAAUUCAAGGUGCUCUACCAAGCAACACAGAGAAAAACCCAAAAGAACACCUCAAAGCCAUCUCUCUACGAUCAGGUAAAUCUCUUAAUGAUCCAUAUGCAGAUAGAGAAGGAAAGACACAAGAAGUAGAAAAGGUAAAUGAAGAUGCUUUGACACAAAUGCCUUCAUAUGCUAAAUUUCUCAAAGAAAUUUUGUCAAGUAAAAGAAAAUUGGAAAAAGUUUCAGUGGUUAAGCUUACAGAAAAAUGUAGUGCUAUACUUCAAAAUAAGCUCCCACAGAAACUGGGUGAUCCGGGAAGUUUUACAAUUCCUUGUACCGUGGAGGUGCUCAUUUUGAAAAGGCGUUAUGUAAUUCAGGAAAGCAAACUGAUUGAAGUCUUGAGAAAACACAAAAGAGCCUUAGGGUGGACUAUUGCCGACAUCAAAGGAAUCAGUCCAACUAUUUGUAUGCACAUGAUUCUUAUGGAGAAUGAGUAUAAGCCUAUAGUUCAACCCCAAAGGAGACUUAACCCAGCAAUGCAGGAAGUCGUCAAGAAAGAAGUGGUGAAAUGUCUGGCAGCAGGUAUCAUUUAUCCAAUAUCUGACAGUCCUUGGAUACCAAUUGCUCCGAAAGAUCGGGAGAAAACUACAUUCACAUGCCCCCAAGGUACAUAUGCUUAUCGAAGAAUGCCAUUUGGACUAUGCAGCGCUCCUGCUACGUUUAAGCGUUGCAUGUCGGCAAUUUUCUCAGACAUGAUCAAAACGUUUCUUAAAAUCUUUAUGGAUGAUUUCACACUUUUUGAGGGAAUUAUUUUAGGACAUAAAAUUUUUGCUAAAGGGAUGGAAGUUGAUAAGGCUAAAAUUGAUCUUAUAGCAAGAUUACCCCCUCCUACCAAUGUUAAAGGCAUUAGAACUUUCUUAGGGCAUGCAAGUUUUUAUAGAAGGAAAGCAUUUGAGAUUCUCAAGAAACAAUUGACUAAUGCUCCAAUUAUUGUUUCUCCUCAUUGGAGCGAACCAUUUGAAAUAAUGUGUGAUGCAAGUGAUAUAGCAGUUGGAGGGAUACUAGGAGAAAAGAGAGCAAGAUUUUCAGGCCUAUUUACUGCGCCAGUAGAACACUUAAUGAAGCUCAAAAGAAUUAUGCUACAAAUUUCGGAGCUUAAUAUAGCGUUUGACAAAUUUCGUUCCUAUUUGAUAGUAACAAAGGUUACAAUUUAUACUGAUCGUGCAGCUUUAAAGUACCUCUUAGCAAAGAAAGAUGCUAGACCCAGAUUACUAAGGUGGAUACUCAUUCUGCAAGAAUUCGAUCUUAAAAUAAAAGAUCAAAAAGGUUCUGAGAAUCAG